AUGAACAGAGGUAGAGGUGGUUUCAGAGGUGGCCGUGGCGGCAGAUCGUUUGCCCCACAGGGUCCUCCAGAUAGAGUUUUCGAAAUGGGUGAAUUCUUACAUUCAUGUGAGGGUGAUAUCGUUUGUAAAUCAAUCAAUGAAAAGAUACCUUACUUCAAUGCCCCAAUAUAUUUGGAAAACAAGACACAGGUUGGUAAGGUCGACGAAAUCCUAGGUCCUUUGAACGAAGUCUUUUUUACCAUCAAGCCAAGUGAAGGUGUUCAGGCUACCUCAUUUAAAGAAGGUGAUAAAUUUUACAUUGGUGGUGACAAACUAUUACCAUUGGAGAGAUUCUUACCGAAACCAAAGUCGUAUGCUCCAAAGCCUCCAAAGAAGAAGGGUCCAAAGGGACAAGGCGCCUCAAGAGGUGGUUUUGGUAGCCGUGGUGGUUUCGGUGCAUCUAGAGGUGGCCGUGGCGGCUUUGGUGGUAGAGGUGGCCGUGGUGGUUUUGGUGCAUCUAGAGGUGGCCGUGGCGGCUUUGGUGGUAGAGGUGGCCGUGGUGGAUCAAGAGGUGGCCGUGGUGGUUUCUCUGGCAGAGGUAGAAACUAA